GUCAAAACGCACUUACGGUCCUUAGCCAAGUCUAGCUUUGGUCGGCGACCUGAAGCACUCAUGUCACAUGAGAGCUCGGCUGGUGCUGGUCUUACUGGCACACCAUUUGCACCGGAGGAUUUGCAACAAUCGGCAGCGGCAAAGAAGCAUUCAUCGCUUGCCAGCAGCGGUCGCGCUUUUGAUUCAGCCGUAUGUGCUUUUUCACUGUGUCUUCCUGUUCUUGCUGGGAGAGUCAUGUAUGCAGAUGUGGGACUUGAUGCAGGCCAGCAGCUGGUUGGAUGCGGAGAACUUCCCGCGCUGGCCAUACUCGCGUCGGUCGAAUGACCCGAGUGAACGUGGACUCUUCGUGGUUUUCUUGCGCUGGAUGGCGAUCGCCACUCCCAUCGUAACGCUCUUAACGGGAAUGGUCACCUUAGUGCAUCUCUGGUGCCAUCAUGUGAAUUACGAGAGGAAAUUUGACAAAGGUCUUCAUUGGUAUCCCUCUCACUCACACGAUCUGGCGAUGCAAGUUGUGGCCAUGCCAUUGAUUUAUGGUGUUUUCUCCCUGGACUGUGUGAUUCAAACGCUUUUGCUGAUGACGGGCCAAGCAUCCUUUGGAGAUAAAGAGCAAGAGCAUGGCCUCGGUCUCGGCCGGACGCCCUCGUCGGAAUUCUUGAAGACCUUGGACCUCAUGCGGCACCUCACAGAGGAGCGCUGCAGCACAAACUUGGAGCUGGCAGACUUAUGUGAAGCCUGGGCUUUGUACAACUUUGGGCGCUUGUGCCUUAUGCGAAUCCGUCGGCAGAUCCGUCAGGAGGUGCCUUUGUUGCGAUCCGCCUUGGCCCGCUUGGACGACGUGGAGAAACUUCUGAUCUUCCGAGACCCCGAGCACUUCCUCUUCCGACCCCUGGAAGUCACCACCGGCAUCGGUGUGAAGAUUUUCGUUUACACCUGCGCCGUAAAGUCUUUGUUCGCCUUGACGGUGACAUUUGUGGCUGACAGUUUCCACAUCAAAUUGUGCGAAAAAGCUCCAUGGCUUUGCCAUUUGCAACGAUCCAUGGAUGGCGCGGCCUUUGUGACCUCCACCAUCGCCAUCUUGAGUUUGAUUGCAAUUGAGCAUGGCUUCCAUCAGAUUUUGGAACUUGAAGGAUUCGCUCCUCUUUUGAAGUUUUUGGGAGUGAAGGUGUUGGUCACAGUAACCUUUCUGCAAAGCUUGGUGAUCAGCUUUGUGCAACAACGGGACCUCUUGAAAUCCGAUGAAGCCAAUCUUUGCAACGCGUGCCUGCUGUGUUUUGAAGUCUUCCCGUUGUCCUUGUUGACGUUGUAUGCUUGGAAGCCACGGCGGUACGAAGACUGGUACGAUGCCGAUGGUGGAUGGGGACGCGAAAAGGAAGGAGAAGUUGUCACCGUGGGUCGCCUUGCUGGAGAAGGCACGACGUUUGCUGCGACAAAGAAGAAUUCCAACAACCAAAACAGAAGAGUUCUGAACAAAAGAACUGUGUGAAGUGAAGAAUUUAGAAUAAUUCAAUCUUUUAGUACUGAUUCGAGGCGACUGGGCUGAAAACUAUGCAUUCAUUCGCGACAGUUCUUGUAGAGUCAAGGUUGAGAAUUCCAAGCUGGAAGAAAUCACGAAAAGUGCAAAGUCUGCUCCCAGCACUGCAAGCUGUACGAAAGAAACGAAAGAAGAUACGAAGGAUAUCAAUUUUCCAAAAAGGAUUAGCUCCAAAGAAGCGUCGGGCGUCAGAGCGCGACAUGACACGACUGAGCUGGUCCGCUGGAAUUCUUUUUGUGACUUGAAGCGAGUGUGGUGAAAAA